GAUAGCACUUUGUAGUUUUCCGAGGAGAUGUGCAUGGAUUUGGGUGUUUCUGCAUUUGAAUGACACAGUUCUUUUCUGAGUCACAGAAUUUCCAAUAAGGUUCGUCACCUACUCCGGUAUUGGGAUUGCAUGAUCAACCGGAGGAAUCCGGAAUACAUAAAAACGUCAUGGCUGUGGAGAAAAGAACUUCCACACUGUUGAUUUUCUGCAUCACCACUAUCCUCCACACUGGUGUUAGAGGAUACUGGGAAAGAAAUAAGUAUAAAGCUGCUGGAGAGAAUGUGUUGCUGCCAUGUGCUGACAUGUGCAUAUCAGACUGCCACAAUACCGUUUGGACCUACAGCAACUCACAAGGGCAAAAAGUUGAGGUGAUGACUUUGGGUAAGGCCAGAACAGAUAACACAGAGAGAGCUAAGAGAAUGAGCCCCGACCACUGCUGCAGACUGAACAUUCUUAAUGUCACCGCUGAGGAUUCUGGAGAAUACUACUGUGGACCAGGGGCCGGGGAGGUUAAUCUCCAUGUCCUUGGCAUCUCUGAAUCUUCAUCGAUAUCUAACAAUGGGACGGAUAAUAAUGUCACUCUAUCCUGCAUCUUGCAUACUUAUGAGGACUGUGAAAGUGUGUCUUCUACUGACCAGAUUCAUCUGAGCUGGAUAGAUGAGGGAGGCUCUACACUGCAAGAAAAUGCUGACCAUCAGAUCCAAAACAAAUCUGCCUGUCACACCACACUCAAAGAGGCGUACCUUCACCAAAGGGAGAAGACAUGGAGAUGCAAACUGACCACCAAACGGCGUAAAAUUAUAGCCACGUACACAAAGUUUGAUUCAACUGGAGGAUUGGAACUUACGACGGAAUCUGAUGAAAUGGGAAAGACAAGAAAGUGACCAGUUUAUCUUUAGAGCCUUUUGAAGCCAAUCAACCUCAGGUUUUGGAAUCACAUCAAACAUCUUCUUUUCAACAUUAUUGCAUUUUCGGAGAUUCAAUUACAAUUAUAGCCUCGUAGUUUUAAUGAUGUACGCACAUGCUAUAUGCAUAAAUGCUACAGUGUGCAGGAUUUAAGGCAAAAUAGAAAUAGAAUACAGUAUGCAAAAGCUUUCAUUAGUGUAUAGUGUAUGUUUUAGUCAUCUCAGAAUGAGCAGGUGCCUCCACCAUGUUGAGCCAGCAUCUUGCAAGUUGCAACAGUAGCCCAGAAAGGAUCAACCAAAACACUGGCCCACUGCAUUUCUCUGCAUGCUUCGAGAUGGAGUAUAGGGUACCAACCUUUUUUGGCAGGUGACCCCAUUUUGAUGUCACAAAAUGUUGCCUUCCCCAAUCAUUCACAUGUAGCGAGAGAGAGCGCAAUUCACCUCUGCUGUAGCAUCCAGACGCAAACGGUACUUUAAUUUUCCCCAAAUGUCCUUGCACUUCUGGUUAUUUAGCUGUUUUGUUUUGAUCGCUGAUCGAGCAUAAUUCCAUCAAUCAAACAUCUCAUGCCAGCUGUCUAAGUUUCCCAAGGUUGGGAAAUAAUGUAUAGUGAGUUAGUUGCUAUUCAUCAACCUCACCACUAGAGGCUAGACACUGCUUUACUUUCUCAACAAGAUUUGUUACUAUCUGUAUUUAGUUAUUCAUGCAUCUACCAGGCAUGAUGCUAGAUUAAUGAGAGCAAUUGUGAUGUAGAAAUCAUACACCUCUAAUUCACCUGCCAUACAGAAAAAAAAGUAGCCUGACGAUGUCACACUCACAGAGCUCGAGAGAUUCUCAGGCUGUGAUGCAGACUGCACUUUCUCUCUCACUCACCUGUGCUUAUGAGGUUCAGGUCCGAUUUAAGUGUUUUUUCUGUUAUCUCUGCGCUCGAACAAUCAUAGUGAAUUCCUGGCGGCUUUGCGAGGGUACAAAACUAGCUCUCAUAGUUGUUCGGGCAUAUUUUGCAGUAUAGAUUAGCAGCAGCAGAAAGGCAGUUCCACUAUCUAUCAUAAUCUCGCAUCCUACCAUGUAUGAUGGAGUCUCGAAGAACAGCGGCGUGAACAAUAUGGCCUCUAUGCAUGACUGUCUGUGACCACACUAUAGCAUUAACCACAGGAAGACAGACCUGAAGGUGAUAUGAAAAACACUACACUUGCUAAUAGCACUAAGAGAGCAGCCUCACACAAACACUAUUGCUAUUACAGUACUUCUGUCUAUUGCAACAACAGUACAGGUUCACGACCCUAAGAGAAGUCAUAUGAUGGACACUUCAUCUUCCACAAUUUACCAGAACAGAUGCUUCCAUCUGCUAACAUUAUUAUCACAUGCUUUUUUGUCACUUAAACAAGGCGAUUUCUCUGCCACCUUCUUAGUUUGGCAAUAUCCAGCUUUACUCUCAAAAAAGAACAUGGACCACCACGACCCAAAAUAGACUAUAACACUACAGUCAGUUUGAUGGGAAUUCUGAUUUGAAGUUGAACUGAUCAAAUCCUUUCAUGCUUAGUGUAAACAGGACCUGUCAGAAACAGCAUGUUUUCAUUACACCUCAUUGUUCAAGCACUACAACACACGCGCACACAAACACACACACACAUUGUGCUAUUUCACAUGAAAUAAUGCCGUAACAAACAAGUGAGUUAAAAGAAAAGGACAAUCAAUUAGCCUAUGUUUUAAAAUAAAAAAAGCUUUUGUUUAUCAUACACAUUUUUUCCAUCAUACUGCAUAUUUUUAUUUAUUUAGUCAAAUUCCAAUUUUCAUGUCUUUGAAUUAAUGCCAUUUAUAUAUUUGUCAUACCCUUCAAAUCAUUUUGACAAAUAAAAAUGGUGUCGCUAUGGUGUAAUAGAUGUUAUGCUUCAAGUUUCAUGUAUUUCAAAAUUGUGUAUGAAAAGAUUCAAAAAAAUAUUUUCAGCAGCAAGCAUUGUAUUGAAAAAUCCAAUCAUAUUUAGUUGAAUGAAAGUGCAACUGGACAUUACAUAAUGCUAAUGUGUUUUUGUGAUAUAUUCAGCAAUUUCCCUAAAUGAUUUGAUGUUAAAUUUUCUGAUGCAUAAUGCUUUCAAUAAAUAUAUAUAUAAACCUA